AUGAACAACAUUAAUAUUGUGUGCCUGGGUGGGGCGAGCGAAGUGGGUCGUUCGUGCGUAAUUAUAGAAAGUGCGAACAGGUCAAUUAUGUUGGAUUGUGGAAUUCACCCUGCCUUUAUGGGGAUUGGCUGUUUACCCAUCUAUGACGCGUACGACAUUUCGAAGGUGGACUUGUGUUUAAUAACACAUUUCCAUAUGGAUCACAGUGGUGCCUUACCGUACUUGGUUAACAGAACCCGUUUUAAAGGAAAGGUAUACAUGACCGAGGCGACGAAAAGUAUCUGCUAUUUAUUAUGGAACGACUAUGCAAGAAUUGAAAAAUGUAUGCACAUGAUGAAUAAGAUGAAAGGAGGUAGGAGUAAAAAUGAAGCGGGUGAAAAUGAAACAGACGAAUAUGGAAACAAGGUUAAAAGAGGAGGACUAUACUCCAGUGAUGAAUACGCAAGUGAAGACAAUGAAGACGAUGAUUAUUACCAAAGUUACAUUUGCGAAAUGGGAGAUGGAGAUAUAAAGCAUAAUGUACUGUAUGACGAAAAUGAUAUAAACGCAGCGAUGAAAAGGAUAGAAACUUUAAAUUUUCACGAACACAUAGAAUUUGAGGAUGUAAAAUUUACAGCAUAUAGAGCAGGACACGUGAUCGGUGCGUGUAUGUUCCUAGUCGAAAUAAAUAAUAUACGUUUUUUGUACACAGGAGAUUAUAGCAGGGAGGUGGAUAGGCACAUUCCCAUAGCGGAGAUCCCCACUAUUGAUGUCCACGUGUUAAUUUGCGAAGGAACCUAUGGAAUAAAAGUGCAUGACGAUAGAAAAAAAAGGGAAAUUCGCUUCCUUAACAUGAUUACCAGUAUAUUAAAUAAUAAAGGGAAAGUGUUACUCCCUGUGUUUGCUUUAGGAAGGGCUCAAGAAUUGCUGCUAAUUAUGGAAGAACAUUGGGAAAGAAACACACAGUUGCAGAAAAUCCCCAUUUUUUACAUAUCCUCUAUGGCUACAAAAUCGUUAUGUAUAUAUGAGACCUUCAUAAAUUUGUGUGGAGAUUUUGUAAGGCAUGUAUUAAAUGAAGGAAAGAAUCCUUUUAACUUUAAGUUUGUAAAGUAUGCGAAAUCUUUGGACUCCAUUUUGAAUUAUUUAUACCAGGAUAAUUAUCCGUGUGUUGUUAUGGCUUCGCCUGGUAUGCUACAGAAUGGAAUUUCGAAAAAUAUUUUUAACAUCAUUGCACCUGAUAAGAAGAGUGGAGUUAUCCUUACUGGGUAUACAGUCAAGGGAACUUUGGCCCAUGAGUUAAAAACUGAACCGGAAUAUGUCCUCAUUAACGACAAACCGGUUAAGAGGAGGUGCCGCUUCGAGGAAAUUUCCUUCAGUGCUCAUUCUGAUUUUAAUCAAACUAAAACGUUUAUUGAAAAGUUGAAGUGCCCAAAUGUGGUUCUUGUGCAUGGCGAUAGGAAUGAAUUGAACAGACUGAAAAAUAAGCUAACGGAGGAGAAAAAAUAUUUGUCCGUUUUUACGCCCGAGUUGCUGCAGAGGCUGACUUUUCGCUUUGAGCACAGUGACCACGUGGUGUCCCUAGGUCGGCUUUCCCAACAUAUUAGAGGGAAGCACCAACCGGGGGAUGAAAAACUGAGUGACAGAAAUGGAGAGGAAAAAACAAUUCCCAACGGGGUGGAUGCCAUAAUAAUAUCGGAGCCGAAAGCCAUCCCGAUUAUGAUUUACGCCAAGGAUAUUUAUGAGUAUACAAAUUUGAAGACUGCGCUGAUCGACCAGACGAUUAGCAUAAAAUUCCCCUACAAGUUCGAGCUGCUGUAUCAUAUGUUGAAGGGUGUGUACGAGGAAACGCAUAUGGAGGGUGAAGGCAGCGAAAGUGGGAAUAGUAACAAUGGUGAUAAUGGUGUCAAUGGUGACAACGGCGGAGCGGUCAUCUUCGUGCAGGACGUAAAAAUCCACCACUGCAGGAAAGAGAAGGUUAUUAGUAUUAAUUGGCUUUCAAGCCCAGUGAACGACCUAGUAGCUGACAGCGUCAAUUUUCUAAUUCUAGAAUUUCUCGACACCAUGAAGAAUAACAACAACCACCUGCCCAUCUGCGACGAAGUAACAGAUGAUGAGAUUUAUGAAAUGAUCAUUUCGUAUGUGCGGGAAAAUUAUACCAAUGUGGAGAGAUUUUCCAAAGUGGAGUUGAAAAGGUUUCUUUUGCAAAAUGGCUGUGACAGUCCCGAGGGGGGAAAAAACGAAAAAGCAAAUGCUUCAUACACAGAUGGGUUGACCCAUUUGAAGAAUGCCCAAUCGUAUUCAUCUGGCAGGGUGAACCAAAUCGAUCAUAACAGAAUGGAAGAAGGGGUUACUUUACACGAGGAACAUGAUGAACAAAGCGGGGAUGGAGACAAAAUGAAGAAAUUCCGCGCCCUUGAUAAAAUCUUAUUCGACUAUAUCGCGGCAGAUGCUAGUUUAGCCAUGUCCACUGAUGAGGAGGAACCCGUUGUACCGGUUCUUAAUGGCGGGAUGCUUUAUGAAAUACUAAAGUUUGAGGUGAAGGAUAAUAACAACAACGACGUUAAUGUGUACGUCGAUAUAGACAACCGGGAAGUCAUCUGUGAGGAAGUUACAAUUUUGUCAAAAAUUAGAGAAAUUCUAAAAAAUAUAGAGGAGUCGCUAUUGCCCAUGUGCUUCUAA